CCGGAAUGGAAUUAUCGGUGUUAAUUAUAAUUUUGAAUUGUUUGUCAAAGUGUUUAGCUUUGGUCGAAUUUUUGUAGUAAUACAUGGGGAGGGAGUUGUGGAUUCUGAAUUUUGAAUAUUUUAAGUGGUAGCAACUAGCACGUACCUGCUGCCUCUCUUUUUUGGGUGCUGAGAAGAUUUAGGUGGAGAAGUAAAGCUCGACUUUUGUGUGAUUUUAUUUUUUGAUGCAUAGGAUUCAGGGAAGCUAAAUUCUAGUGGAUGCAUUAGGGGUAAUUGAAAUUUGUUUGUUUUGAACUUCCAAUGGGUAAAGUUUUUGCUUAGCUGUAUGAUACUUCUUGUGCAUUUUAUCAACCACCAAAUGAGCUUAUUCUUUGAAGUAUAUGUGGACUUUAUAAUUUGUGAAUUUGGAAUGUAUUUCGGUGAAAUUGUGAUGAUAUAACGGUUUGAUUUGUGGGUCAAUCAUCAAUGUGGGUUCAAUUGAAUGUAAUCUUUCGAUUUGAAGGGAUUGAAAGAAUCAUAGAGGAUGGCUUGUAGAGGGUGCUUGGAGUGCCUUUUGAAGCUCCUGAACUUUUUGCUCACCCUUGUGGGUUUAGCCAUGAUUGGUUAUGGGAUCUACUUGUUUGUUGAGUUCAAUAGAGCCAGUGACGACGCUGGUGGAGUUUCACUCGUGAGCUACAAUCAGGAUUUGGUGCAGCUUGGUCGGCCCAUGCUUAUGGCUUUGUCUUUGUCAGCUAAUAUUUUUGACAACUUGCCUAAAGCCUGGUUCAUAUACGUAUUCAUUGGUGUCGGAGUGGUUCUCUUUAUCAUCUCUUGUUUUGGUUGUAUUGGAGCUGCAACACGAAAUGGAUGCUGCUUGACAUGUUAUUCGGUAUUGGUCAUAUUAUUAAUAUUGGUGGAGCUUGGAUGUGCAGCUUUUAUUUUCUUUGACAAGAGCUGGAAAGAAGAUCUUCCAACAGAUAAAACUGGAGUUUUUGACAUGAUAUAUGAUUUCCUGAGAGAAAACUGGAAAAUUGUGAAGUGGGUUGCUCUUGGAGUAGUAAUUUUGGAGGCUUUGAUUUUCUUGUUAGCGCUUAUGGUAAGGGCAGCAAAUAGGCCAGCAGAGUAUGACAGUGAUGAUGAACUCAUUGCUCCGAGACAACAAAUCCAGCAACCCUUGAUCAACCGAUCAGCGGCUCCUGCUACUGGUAUACCUGUUGCUGGAACUAUUGACCAGCGUCCAAGCAGAAAUGAUGCUUGGAGUGCACGGAUGAGGGAAAAGUACGGACUUGAUACUUCAGAGUUCACAUACAACCCAUCAGAGUCGCACAGGUUCCAGCAAGCGACAACACAGCCAGCAGAGGAAAGGAGCCGUUGCACCAUCAUGUGACAACACACAGUGUUUCGCUGAACCAUGUUCGGACAGAUUGCCUGCACAAUCGCGUGAUAGCAUCUAGUAUCUCGAAAGACAAUGUAGCUCAUAAUGUUGAGCUUGUGUACAAAUCACAUUUUUCAGGAGCUUUACUUGUUUCUCAAUUCUCAUCAUACCUCUUCCUUAUAAAGAACAAACCUUCCAAGCAUUUCCAUUUUGUGUGUCAAAUCCUGCUGUAAUAUUAGGCGUUCUGGUUGGUUUUCUAGUGAGGUUAAGCUUACAUUUUUUGACAAGUUUGUGAACAUGUCCUGAUGUAUUGUCAUGGCAGUAGCAUGCAGACUUCAACAGCACAUUUCACUGCA